CGUUGUUAAUUUUACUGUUAAAUUUUGUCCUAUUAAAACCUCCGUUUUAAGCUUUACCAAAGUAACUAAACUUAUCUCCGGCGCAAAAUGACGAAUCCGGAAACUAAGCAGGACAAAAACGUGGAGGAAGUUGAUCCAGCGGACUGGACGCUCGAAAGCGAUCCGGAGAUAAAUGUUUCGAUGACAAAAAUCAUCAUUCGCAACGUGUUUGAUCUGAACGAGAAUGGCCUCAAAGCGCUCUGCCGGCACUAUGGAACCGUCACGAAUGCCUUCAAAAUUAAUCCAUCUACUGCGUUCGUGGAAUUCGCCCAAGAGAACGAGGCCACGAUAGCCGUGCAGCAGCUGAACAGUAAGCUCGGUUUCCGAUUUCAAGCUGACUUUGCACGACCUAAGGAGACACCGGUGGUCAUUUCAUCGAAGGCGGCAAACGCCACAACCUUGGAAACACCCGAUGAGUCGUGGGAAGAGGCCAGCAGGAAGCGUCGAUUCAAUUUGGCAUUCUCGAUUCCACUACCCAUUCGGUUUCCUAAACGCAACGCUUUAAUCACGCGCUCGGAUUACCUGCCACCCUCGGAUGCCAACGUGAAGCUGCGCCAAACGGACCCGGCGUGCUUUUUCAGCAUUUCCGAAAACAGCGAAACUUGUGUAGAGGAGCGCGAGCAAGCGACAGAAAAGGAAGCUUUGGCCAUCAAAUCCCACAAUGCCAUCUACACACACCACGGCCUGGAGGAAACGGAAAGAGGUCGCUUCGGUCCAGUAAAACGUUGCGUCGUUUGCCAUGGUUACGGUUUCGCGUACUGCGACAAAUGUAGUACAUCGUACUGCUCCACUAACCACCAAAGUGUUCACCACACCGAACACACGAUCAUCUGUGGCGGUGAUCCGAGUGGAGCAAUCGAUAAAGAUACUGGCUGUGGUGGCAAGGAAAAUAAGACCACUUUAUCCACCAGUGGCCACAAUUCACUGAUACGCGAUGAUCUUCCCACCAAGGCAAAGGUGCUCAUUACAGCUGUUCUGUCGCAGAACUGUGUAUACGUUCGAUCGGCCGAUCAGGCGACGAACCGAGAGUAUCUUAAAACGAUCGGUGAUAUGGCCAAGGCAGGCUAUCUGCUCGGUGCCCGUGAUGGUUUGAAUGCUGAACCAGUAGAAGGGGAAAUAUAUCUUGCCCCGUAUGCUCCACUUGGUGUGUACGGUCGCGUCCUGGUAACCGAUGCGACGUUUAACAGAAAACGAUGUAAGUGUGUGUUCAUCGAACACGGAACGGUACAGAUCGUUCCCUGGGAUGCAUUGCUUCCGCUUGAUGAUGCCGAGCUUAAAUAUCGGAAGGUGUUCGUGUAUAAGACGCUGUUGGCGGGUAUUACGGAAGAGUACGGAACGGUUGAGCAGGCCAUCGCUUACCUCAAUCGGCUGAAGGGGCAAACGCUGUACAUGACACACCAGGUGGUGGAUCGUAACAUGGUCAACAUACAGCUACGCACCAGCCGCGAGGGUAAGAGCGUUAACGAAACAAUCAACGACAAAAUUAUCGUGCCUGCCCUGCUGACGGACAGUGACCACGAAGGGUUCAUCAUGUACAAGAAUCUAACCCAACCGGCACCAGCACGUGGUAAAAAUAUUCAAAUCUUCAUUCUCAACAAAACGACCAUUCAGCUGGACUCGCGCGUCACUUGGAUCGCCACCAGCGACCUAGCGUACCUGGAGGAUUUGCACAACAAGCUACAGCACUACGGCAAAAAGGUGGCCACAUUCCAACGGUACAUGACACCGCGACACGGUGAGCUUUGUCUAGUGCGUUGCUGGCACAAGUGGUACCGUGCCGUAUGCCACGAGACCGUCGGUGAUUCCAAGCCGGCACUAUUUCUUUGCGAUUAUGGCAACAUGAUAAUCGCCGAUCUGACCGAUAUCCGCAAAACUCCGCCUCAAUUCGCCACGGACGUGCGCACUCACGAUGGAAUCAUCGAGGGAUUCGAUGAAGCGAAAGCGGAAGGCGUUAAGCUGGAUUCCGAGUUGCUGGAGAUCUGUGUACCGGAGAACGAGAGCCUACUGGCGGACAUCUCCGAGCGUGAUAUUUCGUCCGGUUUGGUGAAGGAAAAGAUCACCUUGCUUAGAAUUCAUGAGUUUUCCUCCGUGAUGGAAUUACGGCGCAUUAACAGCGCUUUAAAUAAGCAGAAACGGUAACCGGGCCAGCCGGAUUCGGAAAGUUGGACUCUUCUUCUUAUUCUACUUCCGUGCUAGUGUCCUCUUAUUGACACGUUUAGAGAAAUAAACAAGGAAUCACCUAAUGUGAUCUAUU